AGAAGUAUUUGGUAGAACACAUGAUGGAACAAACCUGAAGUGUUUACUCCUCUGCACAGUCACUGCGCUCUGGGUUUUACAAGGGCUUCUGGACUGUCAGCUUUCUACUUGUUUUCAGGAAAUGGAUGUUUAUUAUUUUUUUAUUUUUUUUUGAGUAACCCCCGAAAACUGGCACAGAGUGAGCAAAAGAGGACUACAAGAGGCCUUUAUGUAGAAGGGAGGCACUUCAACUUCAACCUUUUCUUUUUUGAAUGCAUUUUUCAUGCUAAAUUAACCAAAGGCUUCUGAUCCAAAAGGCUGAAAUCUUUUCGAAAACCACCUAAAAAGUUGAGGCUUCUUCCCAGUGGCGAGGCGUUCUGCAGUACAUGCAGCAUCUGGAAGUGCCCCUGAAGGCCCCUAACUGAGCAUGUGCAAGUGCUAAGCCUCUUGGCUGAGUAGGAUCCCCCCAGGGCCCGAACGAGGAGCUGCCGUCUGGUUUACCCGCCCUGUCACGAUUUUUCCCGUAAGGCCGGCCCCCGAACCCACCAUGUCUACAGAAGUGGAGAGCGCUGUGUCCGCUGUCCCUGCCGACCCCUCCAGCGUCCCAGCCCCCACCACGCCUCCAACAACCAGCGCCCCCACCGCUCCCUCCACCCCCUCCACAGUGCCAGCCAAAACUCCCUCGAAGAAAGAGAAGAAAAAAGCUCCAGAGAAGACUGAUGAGUACCUGCUGGCCAGGUUCCAGGGUGACGGCGUGAGGUACAAGGCAAAGCUGAUUGGCAUCGACGAUGUGCCUGAGGCCCGUGGCGACAAGAUGAGCCAGGACUCCAUGAUGAAACUCAAGGGUAUGGCUGUUGCUUUGCGGUCCCAAGGCAAACACAAGCAGAGGAUUUGGGUCAACAUUUCCAUGUCUGGCAUCAAGAUAAUUGACGAGAAGACCGGGGUGAUCGAGCAUGAGCACAUUGUGAAUAAGAUCUCAUUCAUCGCCAGAGAUGUCACCGAUAACCGAGCUUUUGGCUAUGUUUGCGGAUCCGAGGGACAGCACCAGUUCUUUGCCAUAAAGACUUCCCAGCAGGCAGAGCCGCUGGUCAUUGACCUGAAAGACCUAUUCCAGGUCAUCUUCAACAUGAAGAAGAAGGAGGCCGAGGCCUCACGGAAGGAUAAUAAUGCAGUUGUUGAGAAUGGCGGCGAUGCCUUGCUCAAUGCCGAUGGCCAGAUGAGCACUGCCAAAGAGGUGCAACAGCUGGAUCUGUUUGGAGACAUGUCCACCCCUCCAGAUAUCCACUCUCCUACAGAAACUAAUGAUAUUCUAUUGAUGGAUCUGUCUGCCGAGGUUGACAGCAAUCAGAACUGUAUAAAGGGGAAUCCCUUCACUUCCCUUGGCCAUAACCCUUGGGGCACCUCACAGACAGAGAACCUCUUCUCCUCUGCAUUUGGCUUCUUUCCAACCCCAGACACUGACCCUUUCAGCGAUGACCCCCUCGCCUCAUCGCCCCCCGGUCCAUCCACCAAUCACAGCCAAGAGGGCUCCGUUCACCUCUCGGGUAGGCCAGUCGCAAAUGGCAUAGAGCUUAGCGGAGGAUCUGACCACUUUGGUCAGCAGUUGAACGGGCUGUCCAGUAAGAACAUGAUCCAGGCCCUGAGUAAUGGCCAGUGGCCACUUGGGGGUGUGAUGACCGACGAGAGCAGGGUCCCGGUACACAAUGGUCUGGGACCGGUUCCUGUCCCUCAGAACCCCUUUGUCGACACAUCUGGGAAAAGCCCGCCCCUUUGUAACGGCGUAACUUUCGAUCCCCAAGCCCCUCCCCCUGUGGGGCGUAGCAGGGAUGUUUCGGUCGUGUUAUGUCCCCCUCCACAGAGCACUAAAUCUGGACGAGGUCGGAGGAGUGCCAAGUCUCCUCCUGCGGAUGACCUGUUUGGGGCUGACCUGUUUGCUCCUCCCAGUCAGUCUGACUGUUCGUCUGCCUCCAACAACCUCUUCAACAGUCAGACCGCCAACUCGAUAGCAGCUCUGGGAGCGUUGCAGUUGGGUCCGCCUUCAGUCCCCAUCCCAGGGACAGCCCCGUCUCUGUGGGGAACUCAAGCCCCAUCCAUGUUCACCAUGCCAGGAGGAGUAACACUCCCCAACCCCCAGCCCACUUUCUCCCAGCCAUCCGCCUUCGGUGCCUUGCCCAUACCCCCAGGCCCCUGGGGCCAUCAGGCCCCUUCACCAUAUGGGGCCGCACCAGUCCCCCAGGCGUGGGGACCGCCUGCCCCUGUAGGGCCCAUGGGAGGUGCACCAGGCUGGGGACAGCCUGCCAUGGCUAACCCCUUCCAGCCCGGGUCUUAUGCCAUGAUGGGAGGCCCUCCACAGGGCAUGACACACGGUCCACCACGCCCCCCACCCAGGCCACCAGUCAAGGAGGCUCCUGCUAAGGUGGAACCCAGUGCCUUUACUGCUCUGGACCCCCUGGGAGGGGAGAAGGAGAUGAAGAGUGGGAAGGACAUGUUCAAGGACUUCCAGAUUGCCAAGCCUCCAGCCAUCCCAGCCAGGAAGGGUGAGCAGGUGCCCGGGAUGGUUCCAACCUCCAACGGAGACGGAGCAUUUGCUCAGUACUUUUCCAGCAAAGUGGGCGUGCCCCAGGAAGUGGCAGAUCACGACGACUUUGAAAUUCAGAGUCAUAUUUCAAAGGCUAUCAGUGACCCACCAAAACCAGCCCCACGACAAGCAGCCCCCUUGACGUCUCCUGUGGUAACCCCGAGCCCUGGGCUCCUGGAUGCCUUUGCGCCAACUUCAACCCCAGCUCACUCCACUGCGCCGGGUGUCAACCAGAAUCUAUUUGAUGACGCAUUUGGUGCUGUGACUCCGAAUCCCUUCGGGGCACCCCUUCUAGCUACGACCGCUGGCAGCUCCGCUCCCUUUGGAGACCCUUUUGGAAACCCCUUUGCUUGACAUCCUGCCAGUUAUGUCCCACAUUCAGGUUUGCAGUGGUCUGGGAUAUAAGCAGCGACUCUCUUGAACCAAAAGUCUUCACAAACAGCUGCUACAACUACAAGCGCCAGACAAUCUGCAUGAUUAAAACGUCUAGCCUCCGCCCCCAUGCACACUUAAUCCUCGCCAGUCGUGCUUGAUGUCAAUUAAUCCUCACUCCCCCUUUCUCCCCAAUAGCCCUUCAUGUCUCGUUCAAUCAGUAGUGGUAGUAGUCUUGUUUCUGUUAAUGUCACACAGCUUUUCAGUACCACUGAAUUAAAUGUUAAAGUAAUUGUUUUGUAGUGCAAUGAUUGUUAUUGGAAGGGAGCUUAAAGGGAUGGAUGGAUUGAAGGGAAGGCCCUAGUAAUGUUCAAUAAUGUCAAUAUUAAACACAAAUUAAUUGUU